AUGCAAGAUUCGUGCUGCAGUUACAUACGUAAGGAGUGCUUGAAAUUUUUGGAGUCGUCAUCUCGGAAAUCAGAUGGCAACAACAACAGUAACGACGAAAAAGAAUUGCCGAUGAUAAAAUUGAAUGGGAAAAUUUAUAUAAUGCUUCCACUGAAUGCAACAAAGCGGCCCGCUGAGUGGGUGUCCCACCUUCAAAACGAGUUGGAAAUCUUAAAAAGUAAAACUCUGGCGCCCUUGAAUGACAUCACCGUCAACGAAAUCUUCAAAACGAAGUGUGGCUACAAAGAAGCGGCCAGGUGCAAGGCCUCUCUAAGCAGAGCUCUUCUCACCUCCUCCCGCCAGUGCAUCUUAUCUCUGUUCACAUCGCUGGCCAGGAAAUGUCACAACUUUCGAAAACUUGUCAGCAGUCCCAACAAUAAAAAUAAUGACAGCAAUGAUGAAAUAGAGAACUAUUUAACAAUUGAUAAAAAUACCAAAAUCGGUUCGACAGACGGCGAAGAAUACAAAGAAUACAAAGUUAUAACUAACAACAGCAUUAAAUCAUACGGAGCAAAAAUCGACGCUUCUAAGAUGAAAAAUUCCGAUAACGAUAGGAACGGCGAGGAGGGCGAUAAUAUAAGUAUCAUUGAGGAGGUGGCGAUCAACAACUUUGUUUACCUCAUGUCCGCCAUCUUUGAGAUGGGUUGUGAGAUCAGUGAGAAAAUAAACGGCCACACCCUCCUCCACCUGAGCUGUGCAUGUGGAUCACAUGAAACCACUCGCUUCCUUAUAAACCGUAGAAUGAUGACGUCAUCGAGAGAUGAGUUUGGCUGGCUGCCGAUCCAUCAUUCCUCCUUCAGUGAUUACGUCCUCAUAACUCGAUGCAUCAUUCACUCGUCGCAACUGGGACAGACUGAACACUUCGAGUCGGACAUGAGCCUCGAUGAUGAUGCUGCGAAUGAUAUGAACAUUCUCGAUGCUAGGACUAACGAUAACAAUCAGUACACAUCAAUAAUGCUUUGUGCGGUUUCCGGGGCUCUUGAAACUUUCAAACUUUUGAAAACUUUUGGAGCAGACCUCGGUCUACUAGAUUGCCAUCAAAAUGGCAUUGUUGAACUCUCAGUCUACAACUUGAAAUUUGAUAUGGUGAAAUAUUAUUUAGAAAGUGGAGUAAAUAGACUGAUCAGUCUUUUACAGAACUUCGGUAUAACAAACUUUAAAGUGAAAGAACUAAUUGCUAGCGUUCUUCUAAAUUUAUGCAAAAGCGACAAUGUUAAAAAAUUAAUAUCAGACAUCCCUACUUCUGCCGAUGCGAUCGUUAAAUUGUUUUCGUCAGAUGAUGACUUCACAAAGUGGCGCACGUGCCAGUUGAUCAACCAUCUACUUGAGCUCAUGAUGACGUCAUUAGUAGAAGCCGGUUGCAUCAUAUUGCUGGCCAGUCAGUUGCGAACAAGCAGCACGAAUGACGUCUUAUUGAAUACUUUGUUAACCACGCAGCUGCUCUGCUAUAAUUGUAGCAACAAUCAAGAAAAGAUGAUGGAAGAAGGCAUGGUGGAAAUGGUUAUGGAGCUGAUGAGGAGAAACGACUUCGAAAUGAUUUUUAGCGCUUUUGAACUUGAUGUAAAUAUUUUCAUAGAUGAAGUUAAAUUAUCUGCCAUCCAAACUUUGAGGUCCAUGGCAAACAAUAAUGAAAAAACGAAAAUGUACAUAAUGAUGCUGCAUGAAAACAAACACGUUGAAAUAACAAGGUUGCAACAUUUUUAG